AUGAAGACACCGAACGCCCUUGCGUUUGCUCUCGGUACUUUGUCACUUGCGAGCUGCACAACCGCCGCUGUAUUUGAACAUGUGGGGAAGCUGCCGUCGACGUCGUACGAUUUUAUUAUUGCUGGAGGAGGGACCGCUGGGGCAGUAGUAGCCAACCGACUCUCUGAAAACCCCAGAUUCCGCGUGCUAUUGAUCGAAGCUGGGCCAUCUCAUGUGGGAGCGGUGAACACGAUGAUUCCGGGUAUCUUCUUCAGCCUUCAGAAAACGCUUUACGACUGGAAUUACACAACCGUCCCGGGAGAGGGGAUCAAUAAUAGGAGCCUUGACUAUCCACGAGGCAAUAUCCUCGGAGGGAGCAGUUCCAUCAAUGGAAUGGUGUACACGCGCGGCUCGAGGGACGACUACGACCGCUGGUCAAAAGUCACCGCCGAUCCCGGGUGGUCAUGGAACAACCUCUUGCCGUACAUACUCAAAAACGAGCGUUUCACAGCCAGACCGCAUCAUGUAGCCAACGUAGACUUUGACCCAGCUGCGCACGGCAUGACCGGCCCCCUCGACACCACCCUCCCUCCGCCUGCAUGGCGCCCAGUCGACGAGCGUAUGCUAGCCGUCCCAUCAGAGAUGCCAGAGGAGUUUCCAUUUUUGAAGGAUUUGAAUGCGGGAAGGCCGAUUGGAUUGGGAUGGAGCCAAGCAACGAUCGUGAACGGCACGCGAGCCAGCUCGGCAACGGCAUAUCUCGCGGACAAGUACAUUGCGCGGCGCAAUCUAGAUGUGCUAGUGAACACCAAGGUUACACGCGUGCGCAAGUCGUCAGCAUGGCCAGAUAGCGCUCUGGUGUUCGAUACUGUCGAGAUCGCCGGCGUCAAUACGACACUGAAAGCUUCCAAAGAAAUCAUCCUUUCCGCAGGUGCGAUCAAUAGCCCACACAUCCUCCUUGCCUCAGGCAUCGGCGACAGGGCGGCGCUCACGCGCGCUGGGGUGAAGAGUGUGUUGCACCUGCCUGACGUUGGAAAGAAUUUGACGGAUCAGCCGACGGUUGGAGCGGUAUUUUCAGUAAACCAUACUGAUGUUUGGGAUACGAUCAACACGAACGCGACUCUUCAAGCACUGGCUUUUGCUGAGUGGAAUAGCACCAGGACAGGCCCGUACGCGUCUCCCUUUGCCAACUUCCUCACAUGGGCGCGACUUCCCGCCGACCUGCCCGCUCUCAGGCGGUAUGGUGACCCGUCCGCGGGCCAAAACACACCACAUAUUGAGCUGCUUCCCAGAUCCGCGUCGUCGCAACCAGGGCAAGCAGGAUUGACUGGUGCUCAGGCGGUGAUAUUGCUUACACCCAGCUCCCGUGGAUCAGUAGCCCUGGACCCUGCCAACCCACUAGGACCGCCUAAAAUUGAUGUCGGGUUCCUCACGCACCCCUUCGACACUCAAGCUCUCGUCUCCGGGCUUAAGAUCGCAUUGCGCCUGCACAGCGGUGCCCCACGCGCAUGGGCGGGGUACAUCAUUUCCCAGGUCGCGCCUCCUCCCGGAGCUAGCGACGCUGAGCUUGAGGCAUAUGUGCGAAGCACAGCAGGCACGACCUACCAUCCUGUCGGGACGGCAGCGAUGACGCGCAAAGGCUCAGGGUGGGGUGUAGUGGAUCCGGAUUUGAGGGUGAAGGGUGCGAAAGGGAUCAGGAUUGUCGAUGCAUCUGUUAUGCCAUUUGUAACGGCCGCACAUACGCAGGCGGCGGUCUAUGCUAUCGCAGAGAGGGCAGCGGAUCUGAUCAAGAGUUCAUGGAAGUGA